AGUAAUGUGUUUAAACAAUUUAUUUUGUUUUCAUUGUUGAAAUUGUGAUUUACUUAAAAGUUAUUAUUGUGUACGUGUAGAAAAAUGGAUGAAAAAAAUGACAAUGAAUUCCUAUACACACCUAGUCAUUGGUGUAAACGGAUGAAACCAAAUUUAGUGGUUAACAAACAUAUCGAAAUUGUUCAGUCGAUAAGUGAAAAAAUGAAGGAAUCCAGAUAUUGUAAAAGUUUAAAUAUUAGGUAUGGACCUGGUGAUCGACAACUGAUGGAUAUUUAUGAAAACAGUCCAACUUCUGAACAUACUUUUGUUUAUAUACAUGGAGGUUAUUGGCAAGAGUUGAAUAAAGAUAUUUCUGCAUACUGUACAGAACCAUUAGUCAAUGCUGGAAUUAGAGUUAUUAUACCUGGCUACGACCUUGCUCCAUUAGUUACUCUAAGAAAUAUUGUUGAAGAAAUUCAUCAACUUUUAUCGUAUAUAAAGAUAUGUUUAAAGUACAAAAAUAUUUGGUUGGGAGGCCAUUCAGCAGGUGCUCACUUAGCUGCAUCAAUGAUACAUCCUGCAGUACAUGAACAUUUCAGUAUUAAAGGAUUUAUACUUAUUAGUGGGAUCUUUGAUCUAAGUCCAUUAUUGGAAACUACUAUAAAUAUUCCCCUUAAGUUAAACAAAAAUGAUUGCUUAGAAUUAAGUCCACUGAAUAUUUUGAAUAAAUUCGAUUUUUCACUUAAAACAAACAGCAUAAAAGUAUUUGUGGUAUAUGCAGAACACGAUUCACCAGCUUUUCAUAAUCAGUCAUCACAAUUUGCUAAAUUGCUGCAUAAAAUUGGUAUUGAUAUAUUGGAAGAACGAAUAACUGAAGUUGAUCAUUUUGAUAUCGUAGAAAAUCUUUCAAAUAAUAACUAUUCACUUACAAAACAUAUUAUUAACUUAAUU